AUGGACAAGUUCGACACAAUUUAGGGAAAACUGUUCUAUACAGUAUAUUGUAUGCACAAAUCAAACGAGAUAACUCACUACCAGAGGGGCAGAAUUAAGGACAUGAUUGUUUAAUGGGAUCCUCAAAUUCAAGAACUCAUCAAAGAUCAGAACCGACUGAAACAGAACCUUCUCGAAAUAGCCUGCUCUUACUCAGAAAAUGGAGACUCUAAACAAACAAAAAUAACUCCUAGGAGUUUCAGUAGAUUAAAUAUAAGAAUUGGUCAAAGCAACUUCAAAUUAGCAAGUAAAUCUUAUAGUUCAUUAUCAUCGCCGUUGGAUUAAAGAAAACAGUUAUUAAUAUGA